UGCGCACGUACGAUUAUUAAAACCGUUGAUGGCUCUUGGGUUCGUACUGCUCCCGACUUUUCCUCUUCAAAGUGUUGACCGCUAGCACAAUGACAGACUCGCGGGCAAGCUCAUCCGACGAGAAGGUCCGACCUAACGUUGACAAUGCCAUCGAUAAACCCUCCAAGGAAUCAGAGAGCGCGCAAGGAGCAGUUGAAGCAAUUACGCCAGUUUCGUUCUCUCAAUUGUUCAGGUUCUCAACCAAGUUCGAGCUGACGAUAGACGCGAUUGCAUUGGUCGCUGCUGCUGCUGGCGGUGCUGCCUCGCCCUUGAUGACACUUUUGUUCGGUAAACUCGUCAAUUCGUUCGUGCAGUUCCAAAUCGUGGUUGGCGAAAUGAACAAUCCAAAUUCCGAUCAGGCAGCUCAGCUCAAGGCAUCGUUCCCUCAAGUUGCUGCAAACUUCCGUCACGACUCCUCAAUGUUAGCGCUGUAUCUGACUCUUAUCGGAAUUGGUUCGUUUAUUGUAACAUAUAUCUAUAUGUUCACUUGGGCGUACACGGGAGAGAUCCUUGCGAAGAGAGUUCGUGAGCAGUAUCUUCGGGCAGUUUUACGACAGGAUAUAGCGUUUUUUGAUAACGUUGGAGCUGGUGAAGUUACUACGCGAAUCCAGACAGAUACUCACUUGGUGCAACAAGGAACGUCUGAAAAAGUCGCCUUAGUGGUUGUCUAUUUAUCCGCUUUCAUGACCGGUUUCAUCUUAUCCUAUGUUCAAUCGUGGCGCCUGGCUUUGGCAAUGACGUCCUUGCUACCUGUCACCACGAUAACCGGUGGAAUCAUGGGCAGGUUCAUCUCCAGAUACAUGCAGGCAUCCCGAACCUGCAUAGCUGAAAGCGGAAACCUCGCUGAAGAAGUUAUCGCCACAAUUCGCACAGCUCAGGCUUUUGGAUCCCAGAAAAAGCUUUCCAACAUGUACAACGAACAUAUCGAACGUUCUAGAAUCCUGGACACCAAAUCUGCACUCGUAAACGGAAUUGGCCUCGCUGUCUUCUUUUUUGCGAUCUACGCAGCGUAUGGACUAGCCUUUUCGUUUGGUGUUACUCUGACUUUGAGUGGACAUGCAAACGUUGGCAUCGUGGUCAACGUAUUCAUGGCAUUUCUCAUUGGUUCUUUUACUCUGACCAUGCUCACUCCCGAGCUCCAAGCCAUCGGCCAUGCUCGAGGGGCGGCUGCAAAACUGUACUCGACCAUCGAUCGCAGGCCUCAGAUCGACUCGGCUGAUCCUGACGGCCUUAAACCCUCCCACGUCGACGGCGAGAUCUCCAUCGAAAACAUCACCUUCAGCUACCCUUCCCGACCUGGUGUCAUCGUCACCAAUGACCUCUCUCUGUCCUUCCGCGCCGGUAAAACGGCGGCCCUUGUUGGUUCGUCAGGUUCAGGAAAGUCAACGGUCAUCUCCCUCAUUGAACGAUUCUAUGACCCUUUUUCCGGCGUUGUCAAACUCGAUGGUCGGGAUAUAAAGACCCUCAACCUGAAAUGGCUACGCUCUCAAAUCGGGUUGGUAUCUCAGGAACCGACGUUGUUUGCGACAACCAUCAAAGGGAACGUCGCACAUGGUCUCAUUAACACGGUGUACGAGCACGCCGGUGAGGAGGAGAAGUUUGCUCUCAUCAAGGAAGCCUGUAUCAAAGCUAAUGCUGAUGGAUUCAUUUCCAAAUUACCGGAUGGGUAUGAUACGAUGGUUGGAGAGAGAGGGUUCUUGUUGAGUGGAGGUCAGAAGCAGCGUAUUGCUAUUGCCCGAGCGAUUGUUUCCGACCCAAAGAUUCUCUUACUUGACGAGGCAACGAGCGCGCUUGACACGCAGAGCGAAGGGGUGGUACAGGAUGCUUUGGAUAAGGCUGCUGCAGGUCGAACGACGAUUACUAUCGCUCAUCGAUUAUCGACGAUCAAGGACGCUGACGUGAUUUAUGUCAUGGGUGAAGGUCGACUGAUCGAACAAGGUUCUCACAACGAUCUCCUCGCAAACGAGGAAGGUAGCUACUUCAAACUUGUUCAAGCCCAGAAACUCCGCGAGGCAGCGGAAGCAGAAGUCAACGCUGGUGAAGUCGAUGGUGAUGCCACUGCUCUCCCAACGCCGGAGCAGAUAGAAAAGCAACUCGAAGAGGAGGUCCCCCUCGGCCGGAAGGAGACGAGUCGUUCUCUCGCCAGUGAAAUAUUGGAGAAGAAGGUCCAGGAAGUGCAAGAGGAAGAUUACAACUUAUUCUAUCUAUUCCGACGGAUGGGGGCCCUCAACGAGUCGGAAUGGAAGAGAUACGUUCUGGCUGUGAUAACUGCGACACUUAGUGGUUUCAUCUACCCUUCCUUUGGAGUCGUUUACGCUAAAGCCAUAAAUGCUUUUACGAACCAAGAUCCGCACGAGCUUCGGUUCCAAGGCGAUCGGAACGCACUUUGGUUUUUCGUCAUCGCUAUUGGAGGCGGUCUCUGUAUCGGAACGCAGAACUACAAUUUUACAGCGGCGGCGGCGACUCUCUCUUAUAAAAUCAGGACCCUUAGCUUCAAGUCCAUUCUGCGUCAGGAUAUCGAAUUUUUCGACAAAGAUGAAAAUAGUACUGGUGCUCUGACGAGCGAUCUCAGCGACAAUGCUCAAAAAGUGAACGGGUUGGCCGGCGUAACGCUUGGAGCAAUAUUGCAAGGUUUCUCGACUCUCAUCAGUGGGCUUAUCCUUGGGCUCAUCUUUGCCCCGAAAAUUGGUGCCGUCGGGCUUGCGUGCGCCCCGGUAUUGUUCACCACUGGUUACAUUCGACUUCGUGUUGUCGUCCUCAAAGACCAAGCGAAUAAAAAAGCUCAUGCCCAAUCCGCUCAAUUGGCAUGCGAAGCCGCCGCAGCGAUUCGUACUGUUGCUUCUCUUACCCGAGAGGAAGACUGUAACAGGCUCUAUAGCGAAAGCCUGGAGGAACCACUCAGAAAGUCCAACAGGACCGCCAUUUGGAGUAAUGCGUUAUUCGCCGCUUCACAGUCCAUGUUGUUCUUCGCCAUCUCGCUUGUGUUCUGGUACGGUUCGAUCUUGGUUUCUAGGCUCGAGAUACCCAUAUUCAGGUUCUUCGUCGGGCUUAUGUGCGCUACAUUCGCAGCCAUGCAAGCCGGAAGCGUUUUUACAUGGGCUCCCGAUAUCUCCUCAGCGAAAGGCGCAGCGAGUUCAAUCAUCACUCUUCUCGAUUCUAAACCAUCCAUCGAUGCGGAGGCAAUGGACGGAAGAACGGUUGAUCCUACCAAGGUGGUUGGGAGGUUGCAGUUCGACAAUGUGCACUUUAGAUAUCCGACAAGACCUAGUGUACGGGUUCUUCGAGGUUUAUCUAUUUCAAUUGAACCCGGAACAUACGUUGCUCUCGUUGGACAGAGUGGAUGUGGGAAGAGUACUGUCAUUCAGAUGAUUGAGAGGUUCUAUGAUCCUCUGGCGGGAACUAUAACGCUUGACGGUCAACCGAUCAACGAGCUGAACGUUUCUGACUACCGGCAGGCGAUCUCUCUCGUCUCUCAAGAGCCUACACUAUACGCUGGGACAAUUCGAUUCAACAUCCUACUGGGCGCUAUCAAGCCUGUAGAAGAGGUUACACAGGAAGAGCUCGAGGCCGCUUGUAGAGAUGCCAACAUUUUUGAAUUUAUCAAGUCGUUACCAGACGGAUUCGAGACCGAAGUAGGUGGUAAAGGUUCCCAACUCUCUGGUGGACAGAAACAACGUAUCGCGAUUGCUCGAGCGCUUUUACGAAAUCCAAAGGUUCUUCUUUUGGACGAAGCAACAUCGGCUCUAGACUCUACAUCAGAAAAGGUCGUUCAAGAAGCGUUGGAUCAGGCUGCUAAAGGCCGAACAACCAUUGCGAUUGCACACCGGUUGUCGACGAUUCAAAACGCUGACCGAAUAUAUUUCAUCAAAGAAGGUCGCGUCAGCGAAGCAGGAACACACGAUCAACUGCUCAGUAAACGAGGAGAUUAUUAUGAAUUUGUACAACUCCAAGCAUUAAGCAAGAAGUAG